AUGUGGUUCAUCUGGAAAUCCAGAUGUGAGCUCAUCUUUAACAACAGGAGAUGCUCUAGCACAAGCCUAAAGUACAGGAUUCUAACUUAUUGCAAUGAGAAUAAAAUUCACAUAAAUCAGUCUGCAAGUACAGUCCAAGUAGAUAGAAGUUUGAUAGGCAGAAAUAAAGCUAAUAGAAAUAACAAUAGAUGGAUACCCCCUCCUAGAGGAAAAUUAAAAAUUAACAUUGAUGCUUCUAUUUUACCUGAUCAUAUUAUUGCUAUUAUUGCUGUAAUCAUAAGAGAUUUUACAGGGAGGAUGGUGGAAGCCUGGACGCUGGUAGAAAGAGCCAGAGAUGUAGCUCAAGCUGAAGCAGUGGCAGUGCUUAAAGCUUUACAGUGGAUUGUCCAGUUGCAGAUUCAGAAUGUCAUAGCGGAGGGAGACAAUAAAGAAGUAAUGGAAAGUGUUAGUGGUCCUCAGAUUACUACCAGAUGGGAGGAUGUUAAUAUUAUCAGAGAUUGUCAACAUCUAGUUAAGUGUUUAGGAAAUGUUCAAGUUUGUUUUAGAAAUAGGAAAUGCAACCAAGUAGCUGAUCUACUUGCUAAGUUUGCCAGAAAUAACAAUUGUACUAGGAAAUGGAGUUCUGAACUCCCUUUGUGUGUUGAGUCUAGAUUAGAGAGUGAAAAAGGAGUGAUGUAA